AUGUGAUAUAAUAGUUGUAAAAUGGCGGCUGUAUCUCAGUCAAAUCUUGAAAUCCAAGAACAACAGUCAAGUGAGUCCAGUAUAGGUGAAGUAAGCAUAGAUGGAGAUAGUAGCGACGAAGAGGAAGGAGAGCCGAAGUUAAAGUAUGCAAGGGUGGAACAUGAUGUAGUUCGUAUCCUCUCAAGAGAAGUUGCUACAUGCCUGGCUGUUCACACAAAGUUUCUUGCUCUUGGUACUGAUUGGGGUAUGAUACACAUUUUAGAUCAUCAAGGAAACAACAUUUGUAAAAAAAACUUGCCUUCAAUAAGUAUUGACGAUAACGGAGACUACCUUGCCAGUUGCUCUGAUGAUGGUAGAGUUGUUAUCAAUGGCUUGUAUCAUGGAGACUAUAACCAAACAACUAGUUAUAAUCGACCAAUAAAAGCAGUUGCAAUUGAACCUACAUUUUAUAAAUCUUCAAGCAGUAAAACUUAUGUUUGCGGGGAUGAUGCACUGGCUCUAUGUGAAAGAAGAGGGCUACUAAAUCGUUAUCAUAGUACAAUAUUACAUCAAGGAGAAGGGACUAUUCGCAAUAUUCAAUGGAAAGGUUCCAGAUUUGCUUGGGCAAAUGACCACUCUGUUCGAAUAUUUGACACUGAGUUGCGGUGUAGAAUAUCAACUAUUUGUAAAGAUAUUAAAGGCUUGAGCUCCGAUUUGUAUCCUUGUCGAUUGUUUUGGAAGGACGAUAAUUCACUAUUGGUUGGCUGGGGUCAACGUGUUCGGUUGGCAAAAGUUAAAGAGGAGAAGGUUGGGGAGAAAAUUGUAAGGAGUAUGUAUUUAGCUAUGACAAUAGAUAUUGAAUACUAUGUUUGUGGCAUUUCUAUGUUGAAUGACAACAUUGUUCUUUUAACCUGGUCUAAGCCUGAGUCCGAAAAUAGAAACGAAAGAGCUCAUAUGAUUGUUGUCGAGCAGCCUUUAAACACUAGUGGAGCUGAUGACUAUGUAGUUCUAUCUGAUGAAGCUCUUUCUCUUAGGGGAUAUGAGGCUUAUCGAUGCAUAGAUUAUCACCUAGAAUGUUUACCUGAUGAGAAUACAUAUUAUAUUGUCACACCAAAGGAUUUGGUUAUAGCCAAAGAAAGAGAUAUGGAUGAUCAUGUAUCCUGGUUGUUACAUAAUGCUAAGUAUGAAGAGGCUGUCAUUGUUGCUCAGCAGCAUUCCAGGGAACUAAAAAAAUAUAAUGCACAGGCAGUCGGAGAAGAGAGUAUUCAAAAAUUAAUUGAAGAGGGUGAUUUUGAAGAAGCUGCUUCAUUAUCAUACAGAAUUUUAGGAUCAAAUAAGCAACAGUGGUCUAACAUAUUUUACAAAUUUGUUGAACUGCACCAAAUUAAAGUGAUAGCUCCAUUCGUCCAACGAUGUGAUCCACAACUUUCACCAGAUAUUUACGAAUUAAUAUUGGAUGACUAUUUAAAGAAUGACAUUGAAUAUUUCAGGAAUUUGUUGGAAGAAUGGCCUUGUCACAUAUAUGAUGUUAAGUCCAUCAUUAGAAUGGUAAAUAAAAAACUAGCCGCAGAAAGUGAGAAUAGAGUAUUGCUCGAGUGUUUAGCCAGAUUAUAUGAAUAUGACAAAGAUUUUAUGCGUGGAUUUGACAUUUACUUAUCUUUAAAGCACAAUCGGGUGUUUUCUGUAAUAGAAAAACAUUCUUUGCAUUCAGCAAUAAAAAAUAAUUUGGUAGAACUAUUUGACCUUAAUUCGGAGAAGACCAGUCGUUUACUCCUUGACAGUUCUCAUACCAUAAGUGUUGAUGAAGUUGUGAAGCAGUUGGAAGAAAGACCUAAAUAUUUGCACAUGUAUCUACAUCAACUUUUUAUAAGGGAUAAAGAAAUAGGCAAGAUUCACCACGAUAAGCAAAUACAAUUAUAUGCUGACUAUGACAGGAAGGAGAUGCUGCAAUUUUUACGCAACUCGGCUCAUUAUACAUUGAAUACUGCUCUUAAGGUGUGUGAAGAUAGAGACUUCAACAAGGAAGUUGUGUAUUUAUUGAAUCGAAUGGGUAAUAAAAAAAAAGCUCUUCAAGUAUUAAUGAAUCGAAUGAAGAAUGUGGAGGAGGCUAUAAUAUUUUGUAAAGAAGAAAACGAGAAAUACCUUUGGGAAAUGCUCAUUUCUAAUGCUUGUGAUAAAGCUGAUUUUAUAACUAGUCUACUAAAUAAUAUUGGAUCGCAUGUCGAUCCAAUUUUUAUAAUUCGUCAAAUAAAAGGUGGAAUGCAGAUACCGGGACUCAGAGAUUCCCUAGUAAAGCUUCUUCAAGACUAUAAUCUUCAAAUAAAUUUAAGGAGAGGAUGCAGAAAUAUUCUAAUUACUGACUCCGUCAAUCUUUUCCAAAAGUUACAUGUACUCAGAAGAAGGUCAAUAUCUGUCUUAGAAUGGAAAACAUGCGGAGUGUGUUCUGAGAUAAUUAUCAAGACUGAUACGACGCUUUUAAAGGACGUUAUUCUAUUCAAUUGUAGACAUGUAUUUCACGAAGAGUGUCUGCAAAAUCAAAGUCUGCCAUAUUGCGUUCUAUGUUCAUCGGCACAAGAUGCUAAAGAAGCAAGGAGAUCACUUUUAUACUGUUAG